UAUACUAAUUUCUAUUUCCUUCCUUUUCUCAGUUUAGGUGUUGCUUUAGUUUUAUGCCCUGAUUUACCCUCUCGAUUCACGCUUCUGUUUUACCCAAAAUCCACCGUCUUCUGUUUCUUCCUUCUAGCUUUCUUCUUCACUCUCCUCGCCGUCUUUUCCUUCUCUUUUUUACAUCUCUUUGGCAUCACAACUGGACUUAGAACACCGAUCAGAAAGCACCCUCCAUCUCACGUUUUCCGGCGAAACUGGUGAAGUUUUUACUAUUGUGUCCAUGGGAACCGGUAAAGAAGAUACAGCAGUCUUCCUGGAUCGUGCUUCUCGAUCAACCAGAGGGAGAAGGAGGAGAAUAAUGUCAAUUACGAAGAAGAGCCAGAGGUUGCUGAUGUGUUUGAUAGUGACUUCGAUGAAGAUGUUUGAACCUGAGCCAGAUGAGGAAGUAGAAAAUGAUGCAGAUGAAAGGUUUCGCACAAAGAAGCGUCUGAUAUUUCCUGGAAAGCCUUCUAUGAAGAAAAAGAAAGUUCUUUCAAAUUUAGAUGGUGAUUCCAAGGAUGAAAAUCUUACUCAAAAGACUUCCUCUACACAGCAUCAUGAUGCCCCUGAUGAUGCAGAAGGUGAAAGAAUUAUAAGGAAAUCUACAAGAACUUCAGUCAUUGUUAGGCAAGCUGAGCGAGAUGCGAUACGUGCUGCUCUGCAGGCUACAAUGAAGAUUGUUCUGUCUGGUUUUGCGGCAGCAGAUGAACAAUUAAGGCUCACGACUAUGGUGUUCAAGAACAUCUUUCCGGAUAUUGAUAUCAAUACUGUUAAACUUUCUUCUUGCCAGAGGAUUGUGUUGCUUAACUACAAUAAAGACACGAAGCUUAUUGAUUUUCGACAUUAUUCUAUCAGACUACAGCCUGUUGGUGUCUCGCGUAGAAUUCAAAAAUUCGUGCAGAACCAUCAAGUGCCUGAUCUUCGGAAUCUUCAAGAUUUCUCCUCACACCUUUGAUCUAUUAUAUGAAGAGCGGGUUAUGGAUCAGAAAGCGAAGCUGAUGAGGAAGCUGCAACAGUUACUCUGACUAGUGAUCUUAGUCGAGUUAAUCGUGCCUCUACAAAAAGCGCAGUUAAGCUUCAAGAAAUUGGACCUAGAAUGACUCUCCAACUCACCAAAAUUGAGGGUGGACUAUGUUCUGGUGAAGUUAUGUUCAGUGAAUAUGGCAAUGGUGGCAAUAAGAAAGAGCCAGGCAAUGAGGGUAAUGAAAAGGAAGACGGUGACAAUGAUGGCCAAAUGGAGGAUAGCGAUAGCGAUGAAGAUGAUGAAGCGGAUAACGAGGAAGAUAUGGAAGAAAGUGAAGAAGAUUAGUGCUUUAGCAAAGUGGAAGGUGCAAUACAACUUCCAUUUUCUGAUUAAAUGACAUGGCACUUGACAUUAGCCAUGUUCUUUACAUGGGGAAGAUGCUUAUCUGGACUGAGGAUCUGAUAAGCUUUUGUGCCAGUUAGCCUCUUGUUUUUGCCUUUUUACUUCCCAGCUUUGUCUGUUUCCUCCUAAAUUUUGGCUUAAGUUUGUUGUAGAAGAUCCAUAGAUUUUGAUAUAAGAAAGAAAAGGCCAUAUUUUCAA